AUGUCUUGGUCAGUGUUUGUCAGGUUCAACUCCAGCCAUGGUUUCCCACUGGAGGUCGAUUCCGACACCAGCAUCUUCCAGCUCAAGGAGGUGGUUGCUAAGCGACAGGGGGUUCCAGCUGACCAGUUGCGUGUGAUUUUCGCAGGGAAGGAGCUUCGGAAUGACUUGACAGUGCAGAGCUGUGACCUGGAUCAGCAGAGCAUCGUUCAUGUCGUGCUGAGACCCUGGCGCAAAGGCCAAGAAAGGGAAACCACUGGACAGGACGGCCCAGGAACCGCCUUGGAGGGCUCGGAGAAAGAGCCUGAGAGCUUGACGCGCGUGGACCUCAGCAGCUCCAUCCUCCCGGCCCGCUCUGUGGGUCUGGCUGUGAUCCUGAACAGCGACUAUGCGGGGACCCUGCCAACUGGAAGGCCAGCAGGUCAAGGAACCUACAGCAGCUUUUAUGUUUAUUGCAAAGGCCCCUGUCAAAGAGUACAGCCAGGAAAACUCCGGGUGCAGUGCAGCACCUGCCAGCAGACAACGCUCACCUUGGCCCAGGGUCCAUCUUGCUGGGACGAUGUCUUAAUCCCCAACCGGAUGACCGGUGAAUGCCAAUCUGCAAACUGCCCUGGGACUACAGCCGAAUUUUUCUUUAAAUGUGGAGCACACCCAACCUCCGACAAGGAAACGUCAGUAGCUUUGAACCUGAUUACGACAAACAGUCGAGACAUCACCUGCAUAACGUGUACCGACGUCAGGAGCCCUGUCCUGGUUUUUCAGUGCAACCACCGCCACGUGAUUUGCUUAGACUGUUUCUACUUAUACUGUGUGACAAGACUUAAUGACCGGCAGUUUAUCCAUGACCCUCAGCUUGGCUACUCUCUGCCUUGUGUGGCUGGCUGCCCCAACUCCUUGAUUAAAGAGCUCCAUCACUUCAGGAUUCUUGGAGAAGAGCAGUAUAACCGGUACCAGCAAUAUGGCGCUGAAGAGUGUGUGCUACAGAUGGGGGGUGUGCUGUGCCCCAGCCCUGGCUGUGGAGCGGGGCUGCUUCCCGAGCCAGGCGUGAGGAAGGUCACUUGUGAAGGGGGCAGCGGUCUGGGCUGUGGGUUCGUCUUCUGCCGGGACUGUAAGGAAGCGUACCAUGAAGGUGAAUGCGGCACCCUAUUUGAAGCCUCAGGAGCAGUUACUCAGGCUUACAGAGUUGAUGAGAAGGCCGCGGAGCAAGCUCGGUGGGAAGAGGCCUCCAAAGAAACAAUCAAGAAAACCACCAAGCCCUGUCCCCGUUGCCAUGUGCCUGUUGAAAAAAAUGGAGGAUGCAUGCACAUGAAGUGCCCACAGCCGCAGUGCGGGCUGGAGUGGUGCUGGACCUGCAGCUGUGAGUGGAACCGCGCCUGCAUGGGAGACCACUGGUUCGACGUGUAGCCUCAGCCCCGCGAGCGGGCGCCCCCU